AUGGGCCGUGGAAAGAACCGCGCUACUCGUGCAACGGGCAGCCAGCGCAAGGCGCAGAAGGAGGAGCAGGGAGCCUCGCGCGACAGGAGUGCUGGAGCCUCAGAGGUGACGUUCACCAUGGGAAAGUAUGCAACCGCAACCAUAGCCAAGGUCGAAGCCUGCUGUGCACUUGACCCGGAGCACGAACUCGUGGCAAGCCUAGCUUACAACCAGGCCAUCGACGCGUCAAAGCACCUCCUCCUUGUGAAGUUCGGUGUCACAGUUUGGUACCCACCCAAAACGCCUAAGGCGGACAGCAAAAGCCAGUGGGUUGGGUACCAAAACUGCGGCGUCAAAGUGCACCGCGAGGCCAAGGAAGAGUACGGCAGGAUGUACCUGCGCCGGCGCGAGGAUGCAAUUGGUGAAAACCAAGUGUACCAGUGCCGGUGUAAGUACCUUCUGCCCACACUUCGUCAAGACCCGAAAGAAGGUGUGGCCAAGCCAGGCUUCUGGAGGGUGGACGAGCUGGUCCUGAAGGGACGGCUCUGA